AUGUCACGUUCGCCGACUGGGCGCCCGGCCUGUGCGCCCACGCUCGGUAUGGUCAUCGUCAACCUGAUCGACAAGGCGCGGCUCAUGGGAGACGACUCGUACAGCGGCGGCAGCGUCGCGUGGCGCGCGAGGGCCUUCCUCUUUGUCGGGUUCGCCCUCAUGGCCGGCGGCGUCGCAGGCAGCCUCACGCUCCUCCUCGUCAAGUACGUCAUGGCGCACUACCCGGAGAACUACGGCGUCAACUGGGGCGUUGCCAACGUCCUCCAGUCGAUCGCCAUCAUGUUCAGCGCCGUCGUCUUGUGGACCGCCCAGAACGCCGAGAGCGACUACGACUACAACAUCACGCUGUAG